AUGCAAUUAACCAGGUUUUGUAUUUAUAUAAAAGCCUUGAAAUUGGUACAAGAUGCUUCCACUAGGUGGAACUCCUCAUAUUAUGCAUUUGAUUGUCUUUACUUUUUAAAAGAUGCAAUUAUUCAACUUCAAACAGAUUUAUACACAUCAACAAAUAGAGAAGAAAAAAAAGAUGGAAAUAAGCUUAGAAAAAUAAUGCCAUCAGAUGAGGAAUGGAAUUUAAUUGAUGAAUUAAUAACUUUAUUAAUGCAUUUUGAGCAAGCCACAUGUGAAUUUUCAGGUGGUUCUUACGUUACUUUAAGUAAAAUGGUUCAAACAAUAAAGGAAUUAAUUUUCAAUUUAGGAGAUUUUUAUGAAGUAUUGGAUGAAACCACAACCAGUGAAUUCAAUGAUCUUUAUGAAACAAACUCAAUCCCAGAUAUUGAUGAUGAAGAAGUUUUAAGUAAUUAUUCAAAAAAGAAAAUUUCAAUUAAGCAUCCUAUAAAUACAAUUAAUUUAUUGAAUAAAAUCAAAGAAAAAAUCUAUGAUUCAUUAAUCUAUUAUUGGAAUGGCCCUAAUGACCUUGGAUUAUUAGCAACUCUUUUGGACUCUCAUUACAAAAAUUAG